AUGAAAGUGUUUUUCGUAAUUUUAGUUUUAGUCAAUGGAUUAUCUGCGAGACUUCUAUCUGAAGAUGAGUUGACUGGUCUGUUUAAGAAAGUAUUAAGAAACCAGGCCUCGGAAAAUGAUUUAAGCGUGAUAAACGAUGUUUUUCAUAUUUAUAGACCAACGUACCUGAUGAAAACACAGGGAACUCAUACUAGAACAACCCUGAACUGCCUACUUUGCCGCAGUAUAUUUUCAGCACUCAUAGACAUGGUUGAAGAAAACCAAUCGGAGCAGAAUCUUAUAAAUGCCAUAACCACAAUAUGCUCCACUCUUGGAAUCGUGAGCCCGAAAUCAUGCAGUGGCGUAGCCUCAAGGACGUUUUGUGGAUUACUUUUUCAAACUGCCACUAAUCCAAACUCUUGUGUUUCCAAUGAUCCCAGAUUUGAGUGGACUGUGGAUUUACCAGAACCUUCAGAAUUUAUUGAGACCAAGUUUCCCCAGUCGAACUCGAAGCCACUAAAAAUUGCUUUAAUCACGGAUGCUCACAUAGAUCCGUUUUAUGAACCAAAUGGUGUCGCAGACUGCGAUGAUCCAACUUGUUGCAGGAAGGGACAAACUCCACGGACAUUGACCUACAAUUAUGAUUUACUAGAGACUUAUGUCGACAGAAGUCUAUCAAAUGUAGGCGAUACAUACAUGCUAGAUCUAGACGCAGCCACGCGUAUUAAAGGUGUAAAUAUUGUGUCAAGAAAUAACAACAUUUCGCCCCCAGCCGGUUAUUGGGGAGAUUAUAGGAAUUGUGAUAGCCCUAUAUGGGCGUACGACGAUGUUAUUGAAAGAAUAGCUUCCGCACAUAAGGAUAUAGAUGUAGUUUAUUAUAUAGGUGAUAAUAUUGAUCAUCACAUAUGGGAAACGACUUUUGAAAUGAUUAAUGAUGUAAACCGUUACAUUAUUGAUAAAAUGAGAAAAGAAUUUGGGGACGAUGUGUUGAUUGUGCCUUGUAUAGGAAACCAUGAAUCUCAACCAACAAACCAAUUUGCACCGAGUUCUAUCAAAGGGGAUAAACUUAAUACGACCUGGCUCUACGAGGCCUUGAUUGAAAAAUGGGACCACUACUUAACAGAGGAAGCCAAGAUAACUAUUUUGGAUAAAGGAGCGUUCACGAGACUCGUUAAACCAGGAUUAAGAGUAAUUUCCAUUAACAGCAACAUUGCAUAUAGAAACAAUUGGUGGCUGGUUUAUGAUCCAUUGGAAGCAAAGAGACAUUUAGAAUGGUUAGUAUCAGAAUUAUACAAAGCAGAAAUCGCCGGAGAGAAGGUUCACAUACUGUCUCACAUUCCGCCAGGAGUUCAUGACCUUAUGUACACCUGGACAAGGGAAUAUAAUAGAAUUGUUAACAGAUUUUCAAAAACGAUAACCGCUGAAUUCAACGGUCAUUUGCAUUCUGAUGAAUUCAAGAUUUUCUAUAACGGAACGGACCCCGUCGCGAUGGCCUGGGGCGUAGGAAGUUCCACAACAUACUCGGAUUACAAUAUUAAUUACAAAAUCGCCACCAUAGAUAACGAUACAUUUAAACCUGUGAACAUAGUAAACUACAUAUACAAUCUUACGGAAGCAAAUCUUAGACCGAAUAGACGUCCUCAUUGGUUCCAAUUAUAUGACGUCAGAAGUUCCUUUGGAAUACCAGAUCUAUCGCCGGCAUCACUAGACAACCUAGUAUACAGAAUGGUUACCAACCAGACUCAAUAUUUGGAUCUAUAUAACGCCUUCUACUCAAAACUCAGCGACAAAAGAUGGCAGAAUUGCAAUGACAAUUGCAAAAUUGACAACCUCUGUAAAACCGUUGUCACCGUGCUAUGGGAGCGUUCGAAAUGCGAAGAAUUGCGUUCUUUAUAUUUUUCAACAAAAUUAUAA